AUGUGUUAUGCCGGGGUGGCUCCGACAAAAGCAAAAUGGUCCGACAUGCUUCCUCCCUCUGCCGCACAAAUCCUCACCCAAAACGAGCGAAUGACCAUCCUUGACGGCGAAUUGGGAAAUACCGCCACAAUGAGUUUACCAGAAGAGACAAUCCAGAUGCUGAAACGGACAGUACACAUUGUAUUCCACGCCGCAUCAUCGGUUGAACUGCACAAUUCUCUGCGAGAAUUAGCAUAUACGGUGCUGGCACCAAGCAUAUGUCUCACACAAUAUGCCCUGAAAUUCCCCAACCUCGACCGCUUCGUAUUCUUCUCCACCGCAUACGCCAACGCCCAUCUAUGGAAAACAAAUGAAUCAAACGACGUGUCAGUCGAUGAGAGAAUAUACCCGCUCGGCAGCGAACAGGAGGAUUAUUACAAGGUCGCACUCGAAGCAUGGAGCGCAGUACAGAAAACCGGCUCAUCCGACGAAUACGAGGCCCAUGAUUUCCCAUGGCCAUACGCAUACGCCAAACAUCUAGCCGAGCGAUUAGUCCUUCAGAAGGCAGCCGAGCGUAACAAAAUGGACAAAGUCCUAAUAAUCAGACCCUCUGUCCUCGGACCAGCCGAUAAAUUCCCAUACCCCGGGUUCGUGACUUCACACGGAGCGCCCUCGACAGCCUGUGCAGCAGAGUACAUAUUGCAUCCAGGUCGCCGGAUCAUGCUCUCGACGCGAUGUGAGAACCCAAAUCAAGAAUCCACGAUCGAUGAGGUCCCGGUUGAUGUGGUCGUGGAUCGAACAUUGGUCCAUGUGGCACUGGGGACGAGCGGAUGUGUCCAUGCUGUUAGUGGGGAACGGGGUCGGUUAUCGACCGAGGAAUGGUGGCGUGCGUUCAAAAAGGAGAGACGGAUACCAUGGAAUGCGAAGCCCACUUGGACUGACAAUGACUGGCAUUCUCCUGAUCUCCACCAAAUGGCGCGGCGGUUCAAGAUUAUUGGGACUUCCUUUGCGUUCUCGCAGAAACGGACUGUUAAGGUUGUAGAGAUGCUAGGGGCUGGAGAUAGGGAGGAUCUUCAGUUAUUUGCUGAUCGAUCAGAGCCUUACUCUUUGCGUUUGAGACGACAUUAUAUUUAUCAUCAAGCUUUGCAGGUGGCUAAGAGGAACAAGUGGCCUGUAUUCUCUGUUAGGCUGCUUUGUCGGAAGGGAAAGCCUGUUCAUCUAGAUGAGGAUGUAAAGGCUUGA